AGUUUUGAGUUGAGGUAGCACUGUUGCUAGUGUAGGGGUAGAACAGUCAAUCGAGCUGCGUGGACGAAUUAAAAUGAACGAAUGAAUAUUGUGUGUCUAGGAACGGGUUUCUGGCGUGACCGGUGUUUUUGCGCGCAAUUAGCAUUUUCAUUCAUAUAAGGCACUGUUAAUUAUUCGGAGCUGUCAGGGUCCAGGAAAACAAAGAGCUGACGACAAAAACACGAGGCUCGUUGGAACAGAUGUAGUGGAACUUAAACGCAGGCUUAUAGAGGAGACCGCGAAGAGCAGUUUGAGAGCUGAUCCCUUCAGACAACCACAGCAACUAGAAAUUGUUAUAAUCAGCAGCAAAUUUUCCCGAUGAAGCUGGAAGGCGCGCGGAAAGACUCCUGAAAGCACUGACUGAAACAUUAAUUCAUACACCAGUGAAUAUGAGAGCGCCAAACUCGAUGUCGUUCUUGUCAAAGGCGUACAACUUUUUGAAAGGUAAAACGUCGCGAAACGACGAAAACUUUUACACCAAGACUCCUUUCCCGAGCGAAAUCUACCCUGUUCUUUGCGAGCCGAUCGACUGCAAAGGAAUGGCGCGUAAUUCGUGGAAAGGCAGACAAAUUUUGGGAGAAAUUAGCAGUCAGCCGAUCACUGACCGUGAACGAAUGAAGCAAAGAGCGCGCUUGGAGAGUUUUAGUCCGCGCGCGGUGUUGAAGAAUUAUUGGUCAAAUAAAGAAGAGAAGAAGAUUAACACUGAAGUACAACAACCUCAAAACAACAAGGUUUUCCACCAGGGUGGAGAAGACGAAGACGAGGAGGGAGUUUUUUCAAUACAGUUGAUCAAGCCACAGAAUGGCUUCCUUGGUAUUGUCUUGGUGGGAGGAGCCGACACACCAUUGGAAAAUCAUUACGUCAACGACAUCCUACCCAAUUCCUCCGCGUCCAAAUCCGGCCGCGUCAGAAAUGGAGACGAACUUCUGGAGGCUAACGGCCAAGCUCUUGGCGGGAAAACACACGCUGAAGCCUUGGCCAUCUUCAGAUCCCUGCCAGCCGUCGUGACGUUGGUUGUAGCGAGGAAAAAAGAUGCGAACCGCGCCAUCUUGGAGCGUUUGAAGCACGAGAAAAAAGACAAGAAGGUGAACAACAACAUCGCGUCACCGAAGAGGAGAAGAAGCGUUAUCGAGGAAGCAGCCAGCUCGAGUGUCAUCCCCAGGACGCUCUCGUCCGUUAUCGACGUCACUAAGCAGGCUUGCCCGUAUGUCAAACCUGUUAAGCGAGUUUCGCGCGUCACUUCCUUCGUCGGGCCAACGGAGGAUGAAUUGACUGGUCGCGUGAGCAUUGGGACAGAAAAAGGCAAUCAGGAGAGCACAAUGGGGAAUGAGUUGCAUACUCUGUCAACUAAUCCUGAAACCAGUGACUACGCAGUAUGUCAAGACGGUGCUAUCCCCGAAUGGAGCAAGACCUCAGAUUCACUGUCACUUAAGAGCUUCGCGCGCUGUGAACCAUUUCUCGACCUACCACAAAUCCACGAGGAUAAAGCAACUUUGCAUUCCACCACGGUAGCUCUGAGGUGCUCGCGAAACCGGCAGAGCACCUUGAAAAGACAAAGCACCAUCGAGCAUUGUGAUGUAAGGGCAACUUGGCCUGCUUUUACGACCAGACAACGACUCCCUCUUCCCUGGGACUCGAUCACGUCUCAGAGACCAGCGACCGUUGGCCGAAGUUCCUCGGCGCGCGUUCGGCGAAGCAUCGUGUCCACUUCGGCAUCCAACUCUUCACUGUAUCAAACUUCGAGCUCAGCUCGGAAGUUUACGGGGAAGCAUUAUAUUGAGAGGAAAACUAUCACCGUUGAGUUACAACGCGAAAGCACAGCCAGUGAUUGGGGAUUUACCAUCGGAGGGGGAGUUUUUUCUCCGUACGGAGACCUCCCGAUAUUCAUUGCAGAAGUUCCAGCUACCGGGGGUGCACAGGAAUUUUUGCAGAAUGGAGAUGAAAUCGUUGAUUUCAGCGGAGAAAGUUUGGAGGGCGCAACGUUUUUAGAGGCAGAGAAAAUGUUACGAAGAUGCGCGAGGAAAAAGGUGACAAUUACCAUCAAAAGAAAGUUCCUUCAACGAAGUCAAAACCCGCAGAGUAAUCCAUACGCCGAGAUGUGGAACUCAUUAAACACGACGAAAACGAGAGGGAAGCAAGGAAGGCGACCAAAAUCAUUGCACUGUUAAGAGAGUACAACGCUUUUUCAAUUGUUGUUCUAUUUUGACAAAGAAAGAAAAACUACUGAACUGGCAUGCGACCGGUGAACAGCGCGGGAAAAUUCGCGCGAGUCAAGGCAUGCUUACUCUACCUGAUUGGCUGAAUAUGAACUUCGUUCUGAUUGGUCACUCGCUGCGUUGACUAUGUUCUCUUUACCAAUCACCGAGCUCAACGAACAACAAAAUUGAAUAGCGCUCUACAACUCACGGGAUAAUAAAAUGUAAUUUCUAAUUUUCUAGACAUCUUAAAGAAUCCAACGAAUUUGAAAUUUCGUAAUCUUGAAUGACAUACAGACUUAGCACCAAAACUUUUUAAACUUUUCUUCAGCUUUUGCGAUAACUUAAGUAAUUAAGCAAUAAAUAAAUACUGUUUAUACUCAAGCCACUUUCUACAGGGACGGAUGCAGGAGUUUUCUUAGGAGGGGGUGCACCACUAAGUAAUGGCAUAGCUGAUUGGUGAGGUAAAUAAAUUUUAAUAGUGAAUAUGAAGAAGGCUUCGUCUCAGUGGUGGUUCGUACCCCCUAGAUCUGCCUGUGUUCUACGUCUGUUUAUCACUUAUUUAUAUGCAUUUCACUCGUUAACAGUUAAACAAAUAGCAAACUCACACUUCAGAAAAAGUUUUUACUGAGAAAGUGGAGACAUAACUUUGAAAAGAAAAAAGAUGAAAUGUCAAACCUCACUACUCUUGUGACAAGGUUUAAAGGCACUUUUUAUACUCUUUUUAGAUAAAUUUCAUAUUUGAUGCAGUUAAACUGUACUAAAAUAUUGCAAUCUCAUAGCCUGGUCAAAUGGUUAUAUUCAUUGGUGGUUGUGAAAAUCGUAAACAUUUAUUAUCGAUAUGCAACUGUAAAAUGUUCUCACUGAGUAGGUAGAGAUGAUAAAAUAAUUUAUCAGUAGUAUAUAUCAGGUAGACAUUAGUUUGAUGUAUUUUAUUGACUUUUAUUACAUAUCUUGGCACUUCACUGACUCCUGUUUGUCAUAGUUUAUUAUAAAACAUUUAAUAUGUCACACAAAGCAAUUAAUUUAUUUUAAUUAGAAUAAUUUAUUCCUUUUUAAUUUAAAUCUCAGAUUACAUUGGCCUUGAUGAAAGGCCAUAUUUAAUAUUUCAUAAAAUCACUGAAUUUCUUGCAAUACUACAAAAAUUUAGAAACACCCUUUUUUAAGACAAGAAAACAAAGUUAUUUUAAUGAGUAGCAACACUGCACUAAAACAACAAUAUUAUUAUUACUCUCCUCCAUAUUUGAUACAUGAAAAUGAAGAUUGCAAAAUUGUAGUCAAGGUUUAUUUUUGUUCACUACUGAUUAAAAAUCUUCAUCUUCAAAAACAAAACCCUUGUGUAAUUUAAGUGUUUGUUACCUUCAUAGACACUGCGAGAACAUAAAAGGAAGUGAAACACGAUCAAGAAAAGGGAAGAAACCGGGGGAAGGGGAAUUCCAAUAUAAAAAGGUUUAAAAAGUGGUUUUGCUAACUCUUAGGGUGUUCAGCCUCAAAAGGUCCACAGUGGGAACUUUGACAGUACCUUUUACGGUAUUGCGCCAAAAAAA